AUGCAGGAGGGCACUAACUCCUUCGUUCAUGCUUUAUUGAACUCUACGGAUUUUGGAGAUCUCAAUGUUGUAGUGAAGACAACAACUAUUCAGCUCGUCCUUCAUCAGGCAUGUAUAGAGAUGAAGGAAAAAUUUGUUGAUGAUUUGGAAGCGAAGAAUUUUCUUUAUUCAUACUACGAUGCUCAAUAUCAAGUGCUGGACCGGUUUCCAAAUAUGGUGACCCACAUGUAUUCCUUGUUCGAGCUUUUAGAAGGAGAUGUUGUGGACCUCAAUCUUUUAAGGGAGAAGUUGUGCACUUUUAAUACCCCUUCGAAUCCUAAUGAUGCUUCUGGCAGUAUUUAG